CCCGAUCAUUUUUCCGUCUCCGCCUUUCGAGAUACGGUACGGGUACKGUACGAUACCACGCACACAGCAGCAUCGCAUCGCAUUGCAUCGACAUUCCAUUCCUGCACCGUUCCCGACCAAGCACCACGGCGGUGCGGCACAGACACAACCACAGACACAACCACAAGCACCGAUCGAUCGAUCGAUCGAUCGCAUAGCAUAGCUAGCCCUUUCCCGCAAUGCCGGCCACGAGCCCUUCCACCGGAGAAAGGGGGAUCCUCCUCUCCCUGCCCCGGUGCGACAUGGAACGCCCCGACGCCGGAACGGGCGGCCCCACCGCCGCUGCCGCUGCCUCCGAGGCCAACCCAAAGAAAUCGAUGAAGACCACCGCCAAGAGGGCGGACCUGGUCCUCUUCAAGCUGCCGGCCAGCGCCAAGAACCAAGCGGAGCGGGGGGAGACCCUCUCGGACGACGUCCUGGGGGGCCGGUCCAGGAUCCUGGCCUCCCCGGCGUCCGCCUGCCUCGUGACCCCGUCCGCCUCGCUCAAGCUGGUCAGCAUUGGGACCUCCAACGCGCUGGUCGUCUGGAAGGCGGACACGGACACGGACACGGACGCCUUUGGAAACGAAACCCGGGCCUCCCCGGCGAAGCGGGCCAGGACCUCGGACCCCUCCGGCACACUUCCGGCCGCCGUGGUCGCCCCCUGCCGGCUGGUCCAGCCGGGGGGCAGCGGGUCGUCCUUUCUGGUGGGCCAGCCGCACGACCCCGAUCAAGGGGACCUGGCCCGCUUUUUCGAACAAAGGGGCCCUUCUCUGCCUCCGGUUUCCACGGCCGAGCUCUGCAACCUCUUCCAGGCGGCCCCCGGCCCGCUCUGGAAGGCGCUGGAGGGGGUCCAUGCCGUGGUCUCGCAUUGCGCACCGGGGGGAGGCGAGGCCUGGUUUCGGGUCGAAGGGGAAGAGGUCCUGAAGGGGCAGCGGGCGCUGGUGGAAUUCCUCUGCGAGGAGGACGAGGACUUUGAGGCGGAAGGCGGGAGCGACGCAUCCCUCGCCCUGGGGGCCGUGGCCGACAGGGUCGGCAAGCGGCUGGCCCCCCUGCUGGCCGACAAGGGAGGACCGGCGAUGGGCAGGGAAGAACGGUCCCUGGCGAUUGCCCGAAAGACCGUCCUCCUGGCCUCGGCGCCCGGGACCACCGGUGGGAGCAAGGCGUGGAGGGACGUCCGAGACCGCCGGUUCCGGCCGGACGCCUCGAAGAUCGCCUUUUGCGUCCUGAGGGACCUCUUUUCGAAGUACCCGUCCUACGCCUGGUCGGACCUGUCGGAGCAGUGGUCGUCGCGGCUGCCCCUGGGGGAACGCUACGAACGGAUCACGUCCACCACCGAGUGGAUCGAGGACCCCGACCUGGGCGGCCACGGGGGGCUGGUCCCGGACCAGCUGGUCUUUUCUCCGUCGGCCGCGGGGGAUGCCGGCGGCGGGGAAGGGGCCGACCGAACCACGGGCAAGAAGGGCAGCGGCGCGGGCAACAAUCCCAAGGGCGUCCUGGGCCUGGUGGACCCGCACGCCGUCCUGGUGUGGAGGGGCGGGUAGGCAGGCAGGCCGGGACCGGGCAGCACAAAGGCCCGGGAAACCAGCCAGCGGUGGUUCGUUGUUUGUUUGGAACCCGCUGCUGCUGCUGCUGUUGGUUGGAACCGAACAGCUGCCUGUGGGUUUGGAGCGAUACCCCCACGGCCAAUGGUGCCGGCGAUCGGUGCCGUGCUUUGCAGCGCAUUGUAACGAUAAC